GCACACCGGGACAAGGAAAGGAUUCAAAACGUGUGUUUUCCCCACCCCACCAGGCCACCACCACCACACGCUCCUUGCUCGCCGAACUCGGCCCCGACGCCACGCUCGGAGAGUCACCACAGCACAGUCUUCUCUUAUCCCGCUCCGCACCCCGCGCCUCACGUCGUCAAGCGGCAAGGCAACGCCAAUUUCCAAAUCCCCAAACCCCCAAGCCCCAGCAUUCGAAACCUCAGAACACAGAUCCCCCACACGCCGCACCACCUGGAAUCAGGGCACCGCCCCGCGCCGCACGCCCCGGGCCGGGCCUAUGCGGCCGCGCGACACUGCGUUCUUCACUGGAGCCGGGCGCGGGCUAGAUGCCUGAGGCCGACCGCCACUGCCUCGGCGACCUCGGCCUCGGCCAGCGCCAGCGGCUCAAGGGCUGGCCCGACCUGUGGCUCGCGGCCGACAAGCCUAGACACCGCGCGCGCACGGCGGCGAUGGCGCCCGCGUCGCCGCCGCCGCCGCCGGUGGCCCCCGACCAAACCCUAGCGCUCUCGGACGCCCUCCUCCUCCGCAUCCUCGCCUGCCUCCCGGAGUCCCACCUCACGGGCGCCGCGUCGCUGGUCUGCAGGCGGUGGAUGCGCCUCGCGGGGCGCCUGCGCCGCCGCCUCGCCGUGCGGGACUGGGCCUUCGUCACGCACCGCCUCCCGUACCGCUUCCCCGACCUCGCGGACCUCGACCUGUUCCCGGCCUCGAUCGCCGCCCCGACCGCGCCGCCCCACGCCUCCUCCCCGCUCCUCACCUGCGGCGAGGUGUCGCUAACCCUAGACCCCGGCGCGGACCCGCCGCUCGGCGCCUGCCGGUUCCUCGACGACGAGCUGCUCGACCGGGGACUCAGGGCCGUCGCCACCAGCUUCCCCAACCUCCGCCGCCUCUCGGCCACCGCCGCCGCCGAAUCCGGCGGGCUCAUGGCUAUCGCCGGCGGCUGCCCGACGUUGCAAGAGCUCGAGCUCCACCGAUGCACCGACCUUGCCCUCCGCCCGGUCUCCGCCUUCGCGCACCUCCAGAUCCUCUGCAUUGUUGCCGCCGCGUCCCCCGCGCUCUACGGGACCGGCCAGGAUGGCGGUGUCACCGACAUCGGCCUCACCAUCCUUGCCCAUGGCUGCAAGCGGUUGGUGAAGCUUGAGCUUAUGGGUUGCGAGGGGAGCUAUGACGGGGUUGCUGCUGUGGGCCGGUGCUGUGCGAUGCUUGAGGAGCUCACCAUCGCCGACCACAGGAUGGAUGGCGGGUGGCUUGCCGCGCUCGCUUUCUGUGGGAACCUCAAGACCCUACGGCUGCAUGGAUGCAGCAGGAUCGACGAUGAUCCCGGUCCGGCAGAACAUCUUGGCGCUUGCCUUACGCUCGAGAGCCUUCAGCUGCAGCAGUGCCAGCUGCGUGACCGAUGCGCCCUCCAGGCCCUCUUUUUGGUGUGUGAGGGUGCCCGUGAGCUACAGAUCAAGAAUUGCUGGGGCCUAGAAGACGACAUGUUUGCCUUGGCUGGCCUAUGCAGGAGAGUAAAAUUCCUGACAUUAGAAGGGUGCUCGCUAUUAACAACGCGAGGUCUAGAAUCAGUGAUCACCUCAUGGAGCGACCUUCAGAGCCUAGAAGUUGUCUCCUGCAAUAAAAUCAAGGAUGAGGAAAUCAGCCCUACCCUUUCAGAACUUUUCUCCAAUCUCAAAGAGCUGAAGUGGAGGCCCGACAACAAGUCAUUCCUUGCUUCGAGCCUUGUAGGGACUGGAAUGGGGAAGAAGGGCAGGGUAUUUUUCAAAAGGAUUUUACCGUCACACCAGCAGAUCAAAGGGAAGGUGCUCAACUAUUCAACAAAUGCUGCUGCUUAGUUGGAUUAUCAGUCCGGAAUUUUACACGCUCCUGCAAAGUUGUUUGUACUCACAGGCUUGUGCAGUUCUUCAACUUCAGGCUAAACAGACUCAAAUUCUUGCUACACAAAAGCUGGUGCAAGUUUUUCAACUUUAGACUAAAGACUACGAUUCUUUGAAACAUAGGUGAGGUCCUAGCCGUCCGAUUUUGUGUUUGUGCCUGAGUUGUAACAAGCUGAUAUUCCCGCAGAGUAAGUGAGGAGCCUGACCAGAGUAUUUAUGUAUGACGAGAAGUAUUCUUUCAUAAAUUAUGGCAGACCUUGUUGAGGCAUCAGUAGUAUCCAUGUUUGCAUCUCA